AUUAUGGGGUUUGUUUGGCUGGAAGUGGAAACGCCGCAAUGUAUACAGGAUUUCAGACGUGAGAUCUACGCGACGUGGGUGGAGAACUUGUGACACUUUUCGUCGUAUUUGUCCGUUGUCAAACGCAUUUUUUUGGUCGAAAAGUCGCGAGGGGUGGAGAGAUUAUCGGAGGUUCCUGAAAGAAGAAGGUUUAUUACAAGUCAGUAACCCAAAAUCAAGAGGAAGUGACCUGUAAACACCCCAGAAUCAACAGGAAGUGUCCUGUAAAUGCCCUGAAAGGAAAAGGAAGUCAGAUUAAGUUAAGAUGGCCCAGUGGAACCAGUUGCAGCAGCUGGAGACUAGGUAUCUGGAGCAGCUGUACCACCUGUACAGUGACAGUUUUCCCAUGGAGCUGCGACAAUUCCUCGCACCAUGGAUCGAAAGUCAGGACUGGACUUUUGCUGCCAACAAGGAGUCUCACGCUACCCUGGUGUUCCACAAUCUCCUGGGUGAGAUCGAUCAACAAUACAGCCGCUUCCUGCAGGAGAACAACGUCCUCUACCAGCACAACCUGCGACGGAUCAAGCAGCACCUGCAGAGCAAAUACCUCGAGAAGCCCAUGGACAUUGCCCGCAUCGUCGCCCGCUGCUUGUGGGAGGAGCAACGACUGCUGCAGACAGCCACCGCUGCCGCGCAGGAUGGACAGGCCGCCCACCCCACAGGGACGGUGGUGACAGAAAAGCAGCAAAUUCUGGAACAUAACCUUCAAGACAUCAGGAAACGAGUGCAGGAUAUGGAGCAAAAGAUGAAGAUGCUGGAGAACCUACAGGACGACUUUGAUUUCAAUUACAAGACACUGAAAAGCCAAGGAGAGUUGAACCAGGACCUAAACGGGAAUACCCAGGCGGCUGCUACCAGACAGAAAAUGGCUCAGUUAGAGCAGAUGCUGAGUACCCUGGAUCAGCUCAGACGGCAAAUUGUGACAGAGAUGGGAGGCUUGUUGACAGCAAUGGACUACGUGCAGAAGAACCUGACAGAUGAAGAGCUGGCCGACUGGAAGCGAAGGCAGCAAAUCGCUUGUAUCGGAGGUCCGCCUAACAUCUGCCUGGACCGCCUCGAAACAUGGAUCACGUCCUUGGCCGAGUCCCAGCUUCAGAUUCGGCAGCAGAUCAAAAAGCUGGAGGAGCUCCAGCAAAAAGUCUCCUACAAGGGAGACCCUAUUGUCCAGCAUCGGCCCGCCCUAGAGGAAAAGAUUGUGGACUUGUUCAGAAAUCUCGUGAAGAGUGCGUUCGUUGUGGAAAGACAGCCGUGCAUGCCCAUGCACCCAGACAGACCAUUGGUCAUCAAAACAGGCGUGCAGUUCACAAACAAAGUCAGGCUACUUGUGAAGUUUCCCGAGCUCAAUUACCAGCUGAAGAUUAAAGUUUGCAUCGACAAGGAGUCCGGAGAUGUUGCUGCAAUAAGAGGGGCCCGAAAAUUCAAUAUCCUCGGCACCAACACCAAAGUCAUGAACAUGGAAGAGUGCAACAACGGCAGCCUGUCAGCAGAGUUCAAACACUUGACCCUGAGAGAGCAGCGCUGCGGUAACGGCGGACGCACCAACAGUGACGCCUCUCUCAUCGUCACAGAGGAGCUUCAUCUCAUCACCUUUGAGACUGAAGUCUAUCACCAAGGUCUGAAGAUUGAUCUGGAGACGCACUCACUGCCUGUGGUGGUCAUAUCCAACAUCUGCCAGAUGCCAAAUGCCUGGGCGUCCAUCUUGUGGUACAACAUGCUCACCGACCAGCCAAAGAAUGUGAACUUCUUCACCAAGCCACCAGUGGGGACGUGGGACCAGGUGGCCGAAGUUCUCAGCUGGCAGUUUUCAUCCACUACCAAAAGAGGCCUGACCAUCGAGCAGCUCACGACACUGGCGGAAAAACUGUUAGGGCCGUCAGUGAACUACUCCGGCUGUCAGUUUACGUGGGCCAAGUUCUGUAAGGAGAACAUGGCCGGCAAAGGCUUUUCUUUCUGGGUGUGGCUGGACAAUAUCAUCGACCUGGUCAAGAAGUACAUCCUAGCGCUGUGGAAUGAGGGGUACAUCAUGGGCUUUAUCAGCAAGGAGAGAGAGAGGGCCAUUCUUAGCCCCAAACCGCCCGGUACAUUUCUGUUGCGCUUCAGCGAGAGCAGCAAGGAAGGCGGCAUCACGUUCACGUGGGUCGAGAAAGAUAUCAAUGGCAAGACUCAGAUCCAGUCAGUGGAGCCCUACACCAAGCAGCAACUCAACAACAUGUCCUUCGCUGAUAUUAUCAUGGGCUACAAAAUCAUGGACGCCACCAACAUCCUGGUAUCUCCCCUGGUGUACCUCUACCCUGAAAUUCCGAAGGAGGAAGCCUUCGGAAAGUACUGCAGGGUGGAGGCAGCUCCUGAACCCGAGGUGGAUUCCUCAAACACAGUUAUUCAGCCGUACUUGAAGACCAAGUUUAUCUGCGUUACCCCGUGUCCCUCCGUGUUCAUGGACUUUCCGGACAGUGAGCUGCUUGGGAACGGAUUUCCCGGCACCAACUCGGGCAACACCAGCGAUCUUUUCUCACUCUCGCUGUCCCCGCGCACUCUGGAUUCGCUGAUGCCCAAUGAAGCCGAGGGUAAUCCGGGACAUCUGGAAUCUCUGACUGUGGACAUGGAUGUAGCUUCUCCCAUACAUGUGAACACAUCCAACUUGGUUUGAGUUGAGAAAACAUUAGCGUCGUAAAGAUUUUUUUCCUUCACCGUCAACUGCGAUGCGGCGCCUUCAACAGUCACCUGACACGACGAUAUGCAUAUAUGAUACGCUUUUUUCAACGUGGAGUAUGUUCAAAAUGAACGUGAGGUAAUUGUCGUAUAAGCUGUCUCUUGUUUUCCCUUGUUCUAUUUUUGUAGUGCUUUUGUGUCUCACUUUUCAUCCCUGCCAAAUGUAAUUAUGAAUUGUGGCCAUGGCCAUUUUUACCAUGUUUGUCUUUAAGCACUAUGAAGCCACGUGUACAUACCUCCAUUGAAGUAUCACUCUUUACUCUUCUUCUAUCAGCAUAUUUGGAGUGAAAAAUGAUUGUUUUGAGCUCAACUGCCAUGUUAGACAGUUAUUUCCUGUACAAUAACAAAUGUUACUGUUACUAUCUUUACAGUAUAUUUAGGCAAUAAAAAGAAAUGAAACUGCGUAUGGGUGCCAUUCUCGAUUUGGAUAGUACACACAUUCACACACAAAUGAAACUUUCAAUUUUCAUUUUCAUUCUGUCAGAGCGGUGACACAAGUGAAGUAUUUCCCUCAGUGUCUAUUUCCCAUCAGUCCACUUGUAUAUUUGUAUAAAAAUAAAAAAUAAAAAUCCCCAUUUUGUCAUUUGGAUACCCUCA